GUUGUUUCCAAGACAGCAGAAUUUAAACGUAAACAGGCAUAUUAACAAUUAGAAAGAGUUUGCCUUUUUUUAAAGUAAAAUUUACCAAAAUGAGCCAAAGGCAGGUUUUACAAGUUUUUGAACAAUAUCAAAAAUCAAGAACACAAUUUGUCCAAACUGUAGCCGAAUUAGCCACCCGGCCUCAGAAUAUUGAGAUUCUACAGAAUGCUGGUGUUAUGUCACUUCUUAGACCUCUCCUUCUUGAUAUUGUACCAACUAUACAACAAACGGCUGCUCUAGCUUUGGGAAGAUUGGCCAACUAUAAUGACGAUCUGGCUGAGGCUGUUGUCAAAGGUGAUAUUUUACCUCAAUUGGUUUAUUCUUUAGCGGAGCAAAAUAGAUUCUAUAAGAAAGCUGCCGCAUUUGUACUAAGAGCGGUUGCUAAGCACUCACCGGCUCUCGCCCAAUCUGUAGUUGAUUGCGGAGCUUUGGACGCUCUUGUUAUUUGUCUUGAAGAAUUUGAUCCCGGAGUUAAGGAGGCAGCUGCUUGGGCUCUAGGCUACAUUGCGAGACAUUCGGCUGAAUUGGCUCAACAUGUCGUUGACGCUGGUGCCGUUCCAUUGCUUGUUCUUUGCGUGCAAGAGCCAGAGAUUUCCUUAAAAAGAAUAGCAGCUUCUGCCCUCAGUGAUAUAUGCAAACACUCUCCAGAAUUAGCCCAAACAGUCGUUGAUGCUGGGGCUAUAGCACACUUAGCUCAAAUGAUUCUUAAUCCAGAUGCAAAGUUGAAAAGACAAGUAUUCUCUGCUCUUAGUCAAAUCGCUAAGCACUCUGUAGACUUGGCUGAGAUGGUAGUUGAGGCAGAAAUUUUUCCCGCCGUUCUUACUUGUCUAAGGGAUCAAGAUGAAUAUGUAAAAAAAAAUGUGGCAACUCUCAUAAGAGAAAUCGCAAAGCAUACUCCAGAGUUGAGUCAAUUGAUUGUCAAUGCCGGUGGAGUAGCAGCGGUUGUGGACUACGUUGGAGAAACAAGAGGAAAUGUUCGUUUGCCAGGUGUAAUGAUGCUUGGAUAUGUUGCGGCGCAUAGCGAAAACUUAGCAAUGGCUGUAAUAGUUUCAAAAGGAGUCGUGCAGUUAUCCGUCUGUUUAUCAGAAGAAAGUGAGGAUCAUGUCCAGGCGGCUUGUGCAUGGGCUUUAGGGCAAAUUGGAAGACACACUCCCGAACACGCAAAAGCAGUUGCCGUUGCCAACGUCCUUCCUCGUUUGUUGCGUUGCUAUUUAAGACCUGAUGCCUCAGAAGACCUUCAAACAAAAUCUAAGAAAGCUCUUAAAAACAUACUACAGAAGUGUGUCCAUCUUCCUGCCCUAGAGCCACUCUUACAUGACGCUCCUCCGAAUAUUCUUAAACACGUUGUAGGCCAAUUUAGUAAAGUUUUACCUCACGAUACUAAAGCAAGAAAAUUAUUUGUCACAUCUUGUGGUUUGAAGAAAGUUCAGGAGAUAAAGGCAGAACCCGGCUCUGCUUUAGCUGAAUACAUUAACGCUAUAAAUAAUUGUUAUCCGGAGGAGAUUGUGAAGUAUUAUUCACCCGGCUAUUCGGAUGCCCUAUUAGAUAGAGUUGACAAGUAUCAACCUCAAUAG